CACUUUACUUUGGGGAUUAUAAAUAAUAAGCCUUGCACUCUCUAGGCAUUCCUUGGUGUGAAUUUGCUUAGAGACUUCUCUCCAAUGGCUUCUCCUCUUACCCUCACUCUUGGUCGCAUAGCCUUCCUUGCUCUUCUCUGCAUGAUUGUUACUCGUUGCAGCUCAGAUGCAGAAGGCAUUAUUGGUAGAGCAUUGGAAUGCCUCAAUGAUCGCUAUGGGAAGAUAUACAGCCACUGCCAAGAAGACUACAGGCUUCAUGCAGAAGGAACAAUCCAUGUCCCUCCAGAGGCCGUUGAUGCUUACUGUGGUGGCCCGUGCUUAGUAGAGACGAAGCUCGUGCUCAAAUGCAUCGACGGAAUUCUCAACAACUUCAGAUUCUACAACGGCGCAUCACUCAAAGACGCCGCUUAUACUCUUGCUAGGGGUUGUGGUCACACUGAAAGGCGAGGUGAUUUUGAUAUUUUUCAGAACAUAGGAGCUGAAGGAUUUGGAGAAGGAUACGGCGAAGGAUACGGAGAAGGAUACGGAGAUUACUUUUUUGGGCAUGGGAACAAGCUAGUAGCGUCUGCUCCUUUUCUUAUAAUACUAUUCACAGGCGUAUUCUUAAUGUGGGUUUAAGAAUGUUAAUGAGUUGUAUCAGUAUAGUAAAGGAUUCGUGAUAAAUUAACAAUCAAUUAGUAAGAACUUAAUAUAAUCUAUUAUUGUGACAUAUUGUUUCCCCUGUUUGAUAUGUAAUAUGAGUUGAUAUAAGUGUGAAUCAGC